CCCAGCAUGGACGCUGCCGGCCCGCCGCCCGCCGGUCCCGGGGGAUGGGGCCCCGGGAAGGAGGAGCAGGCGGCGUACGCGGAGGUGUGCGGUUCGUCCGGAGCAGAGAGCGAGGCCCGGGCGAGCGGGGCGGCGGCGGCCGCGGAUAGCCCGGCCCCGGCAGGGCAUCACCCCGAAGCCGCCGCCCUGGGAUGUGGCGCGGGGCCGGGGUCGCCGUCCUCCUCCUCCUGCCCCUCGGCGGGCAGCGCGGCGGGCGGCGGGGGAACGGAGGAACCGGCGGCCGUCGGGGGGCAAACUUCCUCCUCCUCCUUGGGCUGCGAGAGCGACGAGGAGACCGGAGUGGGGCGCGGGGCCGGCGGCGCCCCCCGGAGAGCCCCCAGGGGCGCGCCCGGCGCGGCGGGGCCGCACUACAUCAGCACGCAGGAGAUCCAGCUGAGCGAAGUGGACCACGAUAUGGACUUCGACGCGGGGCUGGCCGCCCGCUGGGACUUCGAGGAUGACAACGUGAUCUACUCCUUCGUGGACUACGCCUCCUUCGGCAGCGACGAGACCCCCGGCGACACGCCGACGGAGGAGGACAACAGCUGCUACCUCAGCACGACGCCCAGCGAGCGCACGGCGCGGGCGGACAGCGCGGGCAGCGGCAGCGAGGCGGCGGGCGGCAGCUCGGGCAGCGACGCGCCUCGGCGGCCCGGCGGCGCGGGAGCGAGCCCCGCGGGACACAUCCUCCUAUCAAUCAAAGCGGCCUCACGGGCUAUAAAUGAGUGUAGCGCCGCGCGGGAAGAGCGCGACGCAAUCUACGCCGCCGAGCAUGAAGGCGACAUGAGCCUCCGCGUCGCCACGGCUUCGGAGCGCGCGGCGGGCUUCGGGCAGGACGCCGGCCGCCAGCAAGCCAAAAAGUUCAUCGCCGUCCCCGCGCGCCUGCAGACGCGCUGCGGGGCCAGGGAGGCGGGCGGCUGCUCCAGCGGCGCCUCCAGCGCCGUCAGCGAACUGGACGACGCCGACAAGGAGGUGCGCAACCUGACGGCCCGCGCCUUCCGCAGCCUGGCGUACCCCUACUUCGACACCCUCAGUCUCGGCUCCCGCGCCUCCUCCGCCUCCCUCUCCGACCAUGCGCUGGGCGUCAACCGCUGGUCCACCUACCUGGACCUCAAGUGCGGCGCGCUGGGGCCGCGGGGCGCUGCGGGCGGCGGGCAGCUGUGCGUGCGCUCCGGCAAGGCGCCCAGCAGAGCGCUGCAGUUCGUGGUCAGCAAGCUGGACGGCGAGAUCGCGCACGUCGAAGCGCCGCCGCCGCCCCGGGGAACGCUCGGCGUGCGGGAGCCCGGCCGGGCCGCCCGCCCCGAUGAGGAGGAGGCCAGCAAGAAGUCCAGGUUCGCCUCCAGCCUGCUGAAGAACGUCAUCUCCAAGAAGAUGCAGCUGGAGCACGAGUUCAAGAUGGAGCGGGGCGAGCUCACCGACACGUCCUCGGCGGGGCCCGGCGCCGCGCCUCCCGCCGGCCGCGACCCGGAGCCCGGCGCUGGGACCGGAGGCGGCGGGCGGCCGCGGGAGGGCGGCCUGCAGCGGCAGAGCUCCCGGCUCUCAGAGGGAGGCUCGGAGCACGGCGUGCCGCCGCCAGAGGAGCCGGGGGAGCGCGGUGGCGGGCGCUCGCCGGCCUCCAAAGCGUCUACGCCGCGCGAGGGGAGCCAGGAGAGAGCUGCGGCAGAGGAGACGGCCGAGGCCCGGCGGGGCGGCUCGGAGGCGGCCAGGGCCACCUUCUUGCGCAGCCAGCAUAGCGCCUUCAGGUCGUGGAAGGAGCGGGAGGCGGAGAGCAAGGAGGAGCGGGCGUCCGGCGGCAAGGCGAAACCGUUCCCGCGGCCCGAGCCGGGCGAGCCGGCCGCCGGCAAGGCCACCAAGCUGUCGCGUCUGUUCGUGCCCGGCAUCCAGCACGCCGCUAAGGAGAAGGAGCCCGCCGGGCAGCGCCCCGCGGCCGCCUCGCCGCCCGCCGCCAGGCCACGGCUCCCCGAGAUCAAGAUCAGCCUAGGGCCACCCGCCGAGCCGCCGUUCAGCAUCGCGCAGCUGCUGACGCCGCAACUGGCCGCCCGGCCGCCUGACACCGGCCACAGGGCUCCGCGGGCCGACGGCUCGGACAGGGUGCCGCAGUUCUUGGUGCGCGACGUGCGGGAGGGCAAGGGCAAGGCGCAGGCUCCCCUUCAUCAGGUGCGGGACGUGCGUAAGCUCAUCAAAGGCUCCCAUGGCGGCGACUCGGCGGAUAACUGCAGCGACAGGGGCAGCGUGGGAUCCGAGCAGGGCGGCGCUGAGCACCGGCAGCCCGGCCCGGCCGAAGCGGGGAGCAAAGCGGCAGCAGGGGGCAGGGCGCUGGGCUGCCCGCCGGAGGGCACCGUGCUGGUGCACCGCACGUCGGGCCGCCUGCCCGUGGCCACCAUCGCGCCCAACAAGAGCGACCCGCGGCAGCCCUCCGUGCUUAAGAUCGUCGCCAAGUCAGCCGCGCCUUGGCGGCACCAGGUGGCCCCGGCGCCCGCCGAGAAGGGCCGCGGCGCGGAGGAGGACCCGCGGGAGGAGGGCAAAGCGGCGCCAGUACAGAACGCGCUGGAGAAGCUGACGGCGGCGGUGCGCAGCAUGGAGGAGCUGUACAGCUUCAGCAAGCGCGAGUGGAAGCGCAAAAGCGACCCGCUGCCCAUCACCGGCAGCCACGUCCUGUCCCUCAUUGCCAGCCAGGAGCGCGACGCCGCGCCCCGCCCGCCCCUCGCCGCCGAGCCAACGCCCAAGGCGGAGGAGCCGGCGAACAAGGGCCCGGGCCCGGCGGGAGGAGAGCGACUGCCGCGCCGGGCCGCCAACCCCGCCGCCGCGGCCGACAAGGUGUCCGCCAAGGCGGCCGCCUUCGAGAGCCUGGCCCGGCAGCGCCAGCGCGGUCCCGCGCCGCCUCGCGCCCUCCUCACGCUCCGGGGCCCCGCUGCCGCUGCCGCGCCGCCCGCCAAGCCCCCGGCGGACGGCGGCGUGCGGGGCUCCGCGGCGGCAGCGACGGCGGCGUUGGCUCCGCGAGCCCCGCGGCUCCAGGCGGGCAGCGGCGAGGGCCGGGCGGAGCCUGAGCGCGGCGCGGACUGCGACAGCUACCUGGCCCUGCCGCUCGCCGCCGCGCGACCCGGGCCCGCCCCGGCGGCGACGACGGCGGGCGGCGGCCGCCCCGCCCCUGUGCCCUUCGGCGCCGCCCCUCCCGCGGGCGGCUCCGGGCUGCCGUCCGCCGCCGACGCCUCCGCCGCCCCGCCGUCCCCCGACGCCGCGGCCGCUCUCUUCCCGCCGGCCCUGCCACCCUUCGCUGCCGCGCCGCCGGCGCCGCUGUUCUGCUUUUCGCCGUCUGUGGCCGCGGCCGAGCCGCUGCCACAGCGGCGGGUGCUGUUGGACGUGAGCAGCGGGCAGUACUACCUGCUGGACGCGCCGCCGCAGCAGCCUGUCAAGCGCCGCCUCUUCGACCCUGAGAGCGGGCAAUACGUGGAGGUGCCGGUGCCGCCGCCAGCCGUCGCCCCGCUGCCGCUGCCCCUGUCGCCCCUCGCCCUCAACGCCGGCGCCUUCGGGGCCGCCUACAUGCUGUACCCCGGGCUGCUGCCCGCCGCCGCCGUGCUGCCCGCCGGCGCCCUGCCGCGCCCGCUCUCCCACCCGGGCAGUGAAGGCAGCGGCGCGGCCGAUCCGGGCAGCCCGGCGGAGCCCGAGGGCCCCUACUACGUGCCUGGCGGGCAGGGGCCGGCGGCGCGGCGCGGAGCGGCCGAUGCCAAACCUCUCGUCAGCAUCACGGCGCCCGGUGGCGGCUCGCGGCUUGUGGCACCGCCCUCCUUCGACGGCACGACCAUGCGGCUGGUGGUGGAGCACCGCUGAGCGCCGGGCCAAGGAAUAAGGAUCACUCUCCUUUAAUUGAAAUAUGCCUGGUAACUCCGAACACUCAUCCUAAAAACUGCUUCUACAGUUUUCUAAUUUUCUUGCUUCAUACAAAACAAGUUGUGUAAGUUUCUUGUUUCCUCAACAACAGUAAAUCACUGCUUUAUUUUCUGCACAAUUGUUUUUGUAUGGAGGCUGCUCUGCAGACUUUGUGUGUGGCUGAAAGUGGCGCUGCUGCUGCUGCUGCAGCUGUUUGUAAAACAGAGUGUGCAAAUGGAGCUGUGUUUGGAUUUGGAUCAAAGCACAGUUUCCUCCAGGUGCUUGCAGUGGUUUGGGAUUAGCCAAUGUAGCCACAUGGCUUUUGAAUAAGAAAUAAAGCACUCUGCUCUCAGCCACUGCUGCACAUCACAAUCAUCCCCAUAGGUUUUGGUGCCAAUAUAAGGUCAAAUCUCUAUUUUGUACUCUAUAGUCAUGCACUUUGAAUUGCAAACAGAGAGAACUGUAGUGUUCAAGUCAUUUGUAGUGUUUAUUUUUUUGGCAUGGUUCAAAAGAGAUUGUGUAAAUAUCGGAAGAUAUGUUUGAUUGCUUUCAUUUUUUGUUUGCUUCUUUGUACUGUAUUGAACAUCACAAGUUGCCUUAAUUAUCACAGUGUUGAAAUACUGGAAAGAAGAUGGAUGUAAUAUUUGUAGAUCUCGGUUCUAAAGGAGAAGACAGCAUUUAUUUUGCUUUAAGGCUGCAAUCUUUUCUGUUUCAAACUGCCACGUUGCUGAUAGCCCUAGUGAUUCCCCUGAGAGAAACUUCUUUGUUCCAGUUCCGUUCACGCGCAGUCAUUUAACACUGUCUGCCAGGUUCAUCUGAGGGCCACAUCCAUGCUAUCUUUAUUUGCUAAGAAAACAGUUCUCUUUUAAACAAGAAACUCCAUGGUCACUCAAAAUGCAGUGACUUGUGAGUGUGUGUCCAGUGUUGCACAGACUGAUGAUUUGCUGACAGCAACUACUUUUUCUCAGUAAAAAAGAAUUAUGAACAUGCAGAUGUAACUAAACUACCAUGUUCCUUGCCCAAAGUUUCAGUCCAGUGAAGCCUUUUGAGAAGCCUGUAAGCAUAAGAUCAAACCUAACUUAUUUAAUGUAAAAAUUUCUGAAGGUGAAAUGUUGAAAAUUUAAAAUCUAAAUGCAAACCCCCAAAGCCUGUACUUAAUGAUUUGCCAUGUGCAGGGUUUUCCUGUGCCUACUUCUAAAUAAUUGUCACGAUAACAGGAAGAACAGAAUUAUUCACCAGUUUCCAAACUGGUGAUGGAGAAGUAUUCAAGCUAUUUGUAAAGCUUUCUAUUUAUUUAGAAUAUAAACAUAUUUGUGUAUCCAUUAUUCAUUAGCAUUUUUUUUGCUCUUUUAAACUGAGUAAAUCCUGAAAAGUUAAUUUCUUCCAUUCGCUGUUAGAACAGAAAAGAUCUGGUGGGUAGGCAGCACUGUGUGAAACAUGGUGCAAAUGGAAUAGCACAGCUAUUGCACUCUCUUGUGAAGGAGAUAGAUGCUCUCAGCUUUAGUGCUCAUUAUGUUAUUAUAAAGUGAAUCUUCAGCUGAGCACUUUGUAAUUUUAAGCAUUUACUGGGCUUUCUAUUCGUCAUAUUCUAUCACUAUGUUUUUAUGCAGAAUUUAGCUAUUUUCAUGAUCUUUCUACAUGAGAACCAAGUCUUUGACUGAUUUGUUUUACCUGGCGAAGUAUUUUUUAAUUCAUUUUAUUUCAUUUAUUCAUUUAUUCAUUUUUUUUCCCCAGAUUGUCGUUUCCACAUGUAAUUUGCAAAACGCAGGAAUCAGCUACAGCUGUCCUUAUAGGUGUGAGAUUUUGUUUGACAUUGCCCUCAGGAUGAGAUGCACUGCAUGUACACAUAUAGGGACUGAUGUAAUAUGGGUUUUCUCAUUUAUGUCAUUGUUAUGGAAAUCUAAUUAAAAAUAAUAUUCUGACCCUUUUUAAGAGCUUGAAGUGCCCGACUAGAACUUGUAGCAUGUAAUCUUAAGUUUCUGCAUUUCUGUCAUUUGAUCUGAUUACAAGCCUUAACUUUUUGCUGGGAUUCUGGCUAAAUGCCUCUUUGGAAAAUGGGUGCUUCUUCCCUGUUCCCUUUACUCAGUAAUUUUGUGCAUGUUACCAGUAGACCAUCAGUGUUACAGCAGUGCUUUGGUCUGCAGGACAGCGCAGGUACCAGAGUAAGUUGUCCUCUGAGGCAAAGAUGUGUGUGGUACAUUACAAUAUUAGCAUUCGUGUUUAAAAAUAUUUGCGUGCUACCUUUUCUUAUAUCGGUGCUCAGAGUGAAGUUUCAUGUUGAGGUUUACAAGACAGAGGUUUGCACACACAAACUCAGGGUUUACAGUUUUACCCAGUGUACUUGAAGGGAAAAAAUGCCUAGGAAACAAGUGCCCAGGAUUUCAAAAUGUAGUUGUUGGAGAAAAAUUUUGUAUGGUUUUUUGUUGUUUUCUUUUUUUUUUAAUUAUUAUUAUUUUAACUGCCUGUAGAGAUGAAAGCAAUGACAUGAGGUGAUACCAACAGCUACUUUAUUUUCUCAGGGGAGAUUUCUUCAGUAGAAUGUAUCACUUCUAACGUCAUACAAUGUUUGCUAGGUUUUGUCUGUUACCAAAUGGUGCCCAUGCUCGCAUGGAGGGGUGGGUUUUGUAGGGAGCUGAGCUGCCCAUCCCAGCCCAGCAAAGCCCUCCCACAUUCUGGCUCUGGAUCCCCAAGGAGAUUCCUGAGGUCUUCCUGGGGCCAUGAUGGUUUUCGGCCUGACAGCACUAUGUUUUGCUGAGCUGGGCUGGGAGCAACCAGUAACUUGCAGGGCCGAGCCCCUGGUUCUCCACACAGUGUGCACCCAGCCUGGGCUUAAGCCUGGCACACAGCAGAUAUUGCAGAAAAGACUGUUGGAAAAAAAUCUGGGGAUGUGGUGCUUCCCCAGGAUAGCCGGGGUGAGUUUCUCCUUCUGAUGGAGCGAGGCAUAACUUCGUACCUUGGGUGAGAGGCAAGCCCUUGGUGUUGGGGCCUAUAAGCUGCUUGUAUUAGAUGUUUCACAGUGCAGUCACAGCACACUGCAUGUGAAAUUCAACAGGGAAAGGCCUGCCCACCACUUGGGUUCCCUUUCCCUGUGGCAGAGUUCAAGGCCUGUUGCAGCCAUGAGUUUUAGGUCCAGUGGGACUGGAGUGAUGUGUGAAUGUGGCUCCGGUCCUUCACAGCAGGGUCGGUUUCGCUUGAGUAAAGUGAAAUCCCUGGUGAAUGAUUUAAAAUGUAUUUAUGGGUUGUGUGUGGUUUGUUGUUUUUUUUUUUUUUUCCUCCUGUCUGCAUUCAAAGGUGCCUCUACUAUUAAGUGCUGAUGGCCAAAGUGUCAUUCCUAAUUCUCAUAAAUUACCAUUGACUUGUCACUACCCAAGAACACCUACAGUACUUUAAAAAUACUUGUGUUUUUUCCACUUUUCUCUGUGUUUUUUUUUUCUCCCCCACCCCUCUUUUUUUCCAUUUUUUUCUUAUUGUUCCCCUUCUUUUUAAGGGGAUAGGUUAUCAGUGCAAAGGUAUUUAAAAGUGCACGUGUGAAGUAAGGACAGUGAUUGCUAAUAGAAUGUGGGUGGUAUGUCUGAUGGAAGAGCAGUGAGUUAUAAGGCAAACAGGAAAAUGCUAUGAAAGCGUUGUGUGGAUAACAUGGAAAAAUAAAGCUGUAACUAGAGAAAAAUGGACUCUGAGCUGCUUCCAAUGUAGGCGACACUGUGGGAGCACGCAGCUGAAGCCUGGAGCAAUCCUGCUGCUGAGUGCCAUGAGCCUGGGAUGUUAGGGAAGCCGAGUGGCUCCGGGAAUUGCACUACACGCCAGGGACACCUCGAGAUGUCGGUAUCGCUUGAGAACAGACUGGUUGGAACUGCCGGAUACCAAAGGUUGUAGUUGAAUGAGUAAGCAUUUGUAUUUAUGGGUUUGUUUUGUUUUGUUUUGUUUGAAUGUUAUGACAAAUAAAAUGUAUUUUUCAGUAAAAGAUACAUGUCAAAUGAGCCUACUUGGUCAUAUUUUUGCAGAGUUCCCUUUGCUGUCAUGCAGAACAACUAAUAGUGGCACUGUUUGUCAGAAGGUGUGAACAAUAAAGAAGUUUUCAAUGCAGAGCAAAUUAAAAGCCCCACGCUCAGUGUUCCUGAGCUGUCACAGUGUCUGAAGUCUAGAGUAUGUAAGACGCAAAUUAUAUCAUCCUUUAUACUAUAUUUUAAUAUGUGCAUUUUAUUGUGUAUUUAUAUCUUUAUAAUCUUUUUAACCAUGUGCCUGAGAUAGCUAAGGGAAAGCAGAUUGUCACCUUAUCAUUUACAAGUAAUACAGUCAGGUAUCUGUUAGGAAUCUGCCAUAUCAUUUCAAGACACCAAAUCUGAAAGCACAGAUUUGAUGGUAAAACUGUGUUUUGGUGUUUCUAAUAGUUCUCUCUCCCUUUCUCUGGGUUCUUUGAAAUUUGCACCAGGGCCUUGUGUUCAAUAUAAAUACCAUCAGUGAUGUAACUACUAGUGUGUAGCUAAGGAUUCUUGUAUGGACAUGUGGACAUACAAAUCAACCAAGUGAAGAUGUAGACAAGAAGAACUGAGAGAAGGGGGAAACAGAUUAGGGAAAGUGUAGCCCUGCAGCCAUGUCUCAGCAGGAGCAGUCUGGGCAAUCUUGGGCUGUCAAAGGGUGACCAGAAGAAAAUCAAAUGAAGUGUGGGAGCAGAACAGAGAGAAGAGCUGUCAAUCACCUUCAAAUGAAACUGCAAAGGGGACUGGGAUUGUCAACAGGAAAACCUGAGAUCUGCUCGUUUACUUUUCUCUAAGAAGAGUCACUGGAGCCUGAUUGUCAUGCAGCUUUGUGAGGUGCUCUUCCCAUCACUGCUAGUUGUGGAUAAUAGGUGAGUCUUUUAAGCUGAAAUCUCUAAUAAACAGGUCAGAAAUAGGUAUGUAUAGGGAAAUGAACUCUCACUUGUCCUCAAGGAGCCCAGUCUUGUGGCCAGUCUUCAUCAACCAUCAAUGCCUCUAGUACAAGAAUCCAAAUGCUUCAAAUUAAUCUGACAAGUCAGGUGAAAUAUUUCUGGUAUUUACAAGGGUUGGUGAAGAAAAUCUUUGAGUUUCCAAAUGGUCUUCAAAACAUUGCUGGUAGUGAUGAGUGAUGAGGCCAGAAGGUAGAAAUGCAGUAUUUGUUGUCAGAAGGAAUGGGAAUCACACAGGAGGAGAAGCGGUUCCCUGAUGUUAAGUCUAAACAAGCAAUGCGGGAUAAAACAAGUGGUGUGUUUUGGGGGAGGGAGAAGCCUAUUUCAUGAUUGCUAUCAUCUUGCAUCGUCAGUAUAGCAAACAAGCAAUUGGCUUGGCAAACCCAAGCUGUAUCCACCUGUUUUGUUUCUGAAGUACCUAUCAUCUAGUUACCAAAUUAGAACCUGACAGUGGAAAUCCCAAUACUGCAACUGCCCUGCUUUGCCUUGACCUUACUUAGACCAGGUACACAUUUCAAGUUGAAAGUGCAACCUUGCUUAUUCAGAACCCCUGUUUAUUUUGCUAUUUUUUAACAAAUUCUUCUGUCUUCUAAAGUACGUGGACACCAUAUCAUGCAUUAUGUGUGCUUAAAUCCUAAAAAUAUCCAUACCUGAGGGGUUUUCAUUUUUUUCUGUUCUGUAAUCUCUCUGUAGCCAGACAAACUGCACAAGGCGCCUUCAUAAAGUAGCAUGUUUCCUGGGAAUCUGGGCUAAGUAUUUUACAAGCUGCUGAAUGUGUGUUCAGCUAGCAUCAUUCAGUGAUAAUUGAUUCAUUUUAAUAAAAUGAUUGAUAUGAUGAUCAUGUUCUCGCUGACAAAAUAAAUGGAAGAUGCUGUCAGCUUGUCUGAUUGCUAUUCUGAGCUCAUUCCUGUUUACACCUAGGCAUUGGGUGUCCACUGUUGUCAAGAAAGGAGAAAUCUUACUAGCAGUUUGUUAUGAUCAAGUUGUUUAUGAUUACAAAAAUCGUGAUGCUUGGUCUUAAUAUCCAUGAACGACCAAAUGAAUUGUUGGGUUAAUUCAUAAAAAUUCCCACGGAUUUAAGUAAAAACCUGAACUGCAUUUCAUAUUCUGUUUAUUUCAUCAUCUGGCACAGGAGAACAGGCUUCUCUUUGUUCUUACCGAAUUUUUUGUUCCAACAUUUCUCAGAGCCUUUUUAUUAUUAUUUAAUGGAAGAAAUGGAGCCUCCAUCUUGGAGGAAGUCUGCCUUCCAAACCAAUGAUCUUCCAGUGUUGCUCUGUGCACAAGAUGUUUAGGAGUGGAGGAAGAAACUGAAUCCUGAAAUUCAAAUACUUUUUGAAGAGUAUGUGAAAAAUAUCUUUAAAAAUUAUUAGUCCUUCAAGAUCACAGGGAAGAGUUUCACAGUCUCUUUUUUCAAAUGAGUUAUUUUUGGAAUUAUUAUUCCAAUUCCUGAAUUAUUUUUUUUGUUCUGUCAGUGGCUUUUUACUGGUAAGGACUGAGCAUUAGCUCUUCAGUAUACUUCAGCAUAAAAUAAUCUUCAGUUGUUACCAUUACCAAUUAUUUAAAAGUACAUGUGAUAGGCUGUUAAAAUGUGUGUUAUAUAUUUGCCAUUUACGCUCCAUGGUUUGAUAAGCAUCCAUAGCCUUUGCUGUGGUUAUAGCCCUACGUGUGUUUUCUCUUCAAAUGCUGGAUUAAGCAAUGUAUUAAUUUCACCUUAUUUUAGAGGACCAUCAGUUUUGUUGUUUCUGUAGCUAUGGAGCCCACGUGAGUAAACCAUUGCCUUCCAUUACCCAGCUGUUGGACUAAGACCCUUCUGGCAUCCCCAUUAUGUCCAGCUGUUAGGGUCAGAUAACUUCAGACACAAAUGUAUUGCUGCCGUACCAGGAGUAGCCAUGAGGAUGUUUAUCACUUCUGAAAGAGUAGAACGGGCUCCAUAUAAUUUAUUUUUGAGGGAUGCAACUAAAGGUGUAAAAGACCCCAAAUUACCUUUUCAGGCUCAUCGUCCUGAGAGCUGCUUUCAGAAAUGCAGAUGAGCCUGCAAUUUUUCAAGAAGCUGUAACUGAGGGUCAGAGAGUAAAUAAAA